GAGUCACAGUUCGGCUGUCAUUGAUACUCGACCAACUAGCCCAGAGCCGGUAAGCAAUCCACAUGUGUUAAGGCUGCAAAUACCGUGGAGAAACAUUGUCUGCAGUUGAAACAUAGUCUUUGCGCCCUUUUAAGAGCAGAACGCACCGUUUCGUUGUUUAGAACUCGAUUAACAACGUUAGAAACCGUGAAUAAGCCUCACGGAAACUCCAAUUUGUGUUCAGUUGAGAUGUGUCAAGAUAUCUUGCUCUGCCUUAUUGGAGAGCAUUAAUCUGUUUUGAGGAAACUAGAUAUACGUUCGGCUUGAAAGAGCAAGCUUUUGCGCACUCGGAACGAGAUUUGAACCAUAAAGACGGUUAUAUGUUUGUUCGGUUUUCGGUUAGUUUUCUAGGAUAAGUCAACUCCUGCUUACUUUCUUCAUAGAAGUCAGAUAGAAACCGUAAUGAAUGCUUUGACUUUGACAAGUUCAAUAAAACACAAAGGGAAAUGUUUGUCUAAUUUAGACAACAGUUUCAGAUGAAAACUGUUACCAGAAUGCAUCGCUGACGGACAACACCAUUAUUGCCAGUAUUGUGAUAUCAGUGGCCCAUAUAAACAGUAUUGAGCAAUUAGAUCCAACGACAGGAAGCGGAAUUCAUUUCACAACAUCAAUUGUAUCAUCGGUUACAAUGACCUUUUAUAUGACACAGCUAUCUCAAGUACAUUCUCUUUCUAUCGGACAAUCAAGCAAUGUAAAUCAGUUUCAGGCUUUACUGCAUGAUUCUGACGGUGCGCCACUUACGGACGAAAAUGGUAAAAAUAUUUCACAAAUUUCAUCACUGGGUGAUCAUCCAAUGAUCAGUUCUGGAAUAGCAAUCUAUCUUGUUGGCGCUGUAUCAAUUCAGCUAUUAACGACAGAUGAUGGUAUGCCUCCGCAGAACGUCACGGUGCUUAUGCAUAUUUGUCAGCCUUCAUUAUCGACGACUAUCCCAUCAACAACAAUACCAAUAUCGGCAAGUACCUAA